AUGGUGAAGGAAAGCAUCCGGGUGUACGCGCGCCUGAAGCCUCUGGGCAGGCGGCAGCAGGCGGGGAUUUACUCAGUUGAGGAUGAAAAAUCUGCAUCCAGUCUGGAGAUUAUCGUGCCACGUGAUUUAGCAGAUGGGUUUGUCAACAAUAAGCGAGAGAGCUACAAGUUCAAAUUUCAGAAAAUUUUUGAUCAAGAGGUGAAGCAAGAUGUGGUUUUUGACAGCAUUGCCAAACCAGUGGCAGAAUGUGCUUUGGCAGGAUAUAAUGGUACUAUCUUUGCAUACGGCCAAACAGGCAGUGGCAAAACAUUUACGAUCACAGGAGGAGCUGAACGUUACAGUGACAGAGGCAUCAUUCCCAGGACCCUCUCUUACAUUUUUGAUCAAUUACAGAAGGACAACAGCAAAGUCUAUACAACUCAUGUUUCUUACUUAGAAAUCUACAAUGAAUGUGGUUAUGAUCUGUUGGACCCAAGACAUGAAGCUUCCAGAUUAGAAGAUUUGCCAAAAGUGACAAUAAUGGAAGACCCCAACCAGAACAUUCACCUGAAAAACCUAUCUCUUCAGCAAGCAAGCAAUGAAGAGGAAGCACUAAAUUUGCUCUUCAUGGGAGACACUAACAGAAUGAUUGCUGAGACCCCAAUGAACCAAGCCUCAACUCGAUCUCACUGCAUUUUCACUAUUCACAUCUCUAGCAAGGAACCUGGAUCUCCAACUAUCCGACAUUCGAAGUUGCACUUAGUAGACCUUGCAGGAUCAGAGCGUGUUGCAAAGACUGGAGUUGGAGGUCAUUUAUUGACGGAAGCCAAAUAUAUCAACUUGUCACUGCAUUAUUUAGAGCAGGUAAUAAUUGCACUUGCAGAGAAAAACAGAUCCCACAUUCCCUAUCGAAACUCCAUGAUGACCUCAGUGCUAAGGGACAGUCUGGGAGGAAACUGCAUGACCACAAUGAUUGCAACUCUCUCUUUAGACAAAAGAAACAUAGAGGAAUCUAUAUCAACUUGCAGAUUUGCACAACGAGUUGCUCUUAUUAAAAAUGAAGCAGUUCUUAAUGAAGAAACUGACCCCAAAUUGAUGAUUAUUCAGCUGAAAAGGGAGAUCCAAGAGUUGAAAGAUGAGCUGGCACUGGUGACUGGCAUGCAAAGAACAUCACAGCUUUCACAAGAAGAGCUACUUCACUUGGAUGAAUUAAUAGAAACAUUUCUGGAAGAUGAUGAUCCUGAAACCACUUUGGAUGUUGGAGCAGAUAUGCGCAAGAUCAAGUACUGCUUCACUUACUUGAAGCUACGACAGAAUCAUUCAAAGGUUUCUGAUGAAAAGCUGCUCUCGCAUCACAUCUGUGAAGAAAAAGACACUAGCAAAGAAGCAGGAAAAGAGGAAUUGAAAAAAAUGAAAGAACUUCUGCAGCAAAGAGACAAUGAGAUCAAUAUUCUGGUAAAUAUGCUCAAAAAUGAGAGAAAGAAAACACAAGAGGCUCUUUUUCAGCUCAAUGCUGCCUCUGCUGGUUCUACAUCAUUGAAGCAGUCUCAUUCUAUAAACUUAGAAGAAAGUCAAAACCCAUCAAGAUUUUUCAGUCUAAAAGAAGCAAAAGAUCUCAGCUCUUCAGUUCACAGGCUGCCUUUUCUUUCCAGAACUAAAGAAGGAAAGAUGUCACUUGGAUGUCAUGAGGCUUUUGAAGUUUUCAUGCAGGACCAUGCUGACAGUAUAACCAUUGAGGACAACAAACAGCUUCUCAAACAGAGGUAUGCUGAAGCUAAAUGUCUUGGAGAAAAAAUAAAUGAAGUGAGAAAUAAAAUAAACCAUCUGAAAGGAGAGGUAACACGGCGACAUAUUCAAAGAGCUGCUCAAGCUGUUUCCAAUCCUUCUGAAAUGCUAGAUGCUCUUGAUCCAGUAGAAGAGAAACUUCGAACUCAAAUUGAUGAAGAGAAAAAAAGUUAUAAAACAAUGUUCAAUCGCUUGAAAGGGCUGAAGGUAGAGAUUGAACACCUGCAGCUUCUCAUGGAAAAAGCCAAGAUGAAGCUACAAAAAGACUUUGAAGCCUGGUGGACUGAAGAGGGAACAAAUCUACAGACCCAGCAAGAAAAGACAGAGUUGGUUAGCUCACCGAAUAGCACGACGAUUUAUCCCCAGUUCAUCAAAUCUUCACAACAUCUAUCAGCUAACAGUUUUUCAGAGACCACAAGAACCAAUUCCAAUGCAGAUUCAUCUGGGAAAAACAAUUCAAUCGUUUUUGAUAACCCAACUACAAAAAUAAGGACCCCACCAAGUUCAAGUACAUCUAUUCCUCUGACUGGAGACAGCCAGACUGAUGCUGACAUCCUAGCUUUCAUUAAAGCAAGACAGAACAUUCUACAAAAGAAAGGCCUGGGAAACAAAUGAAGUUCUUGUGGCAGUCCACUGUUUCCUUUUAGAAUCUGCUGAUGACCUUUCUUCUUUACCUUCCUCUUCUGAGAAGAAACGGCAUCUUCGGAUGUACAGAUUUAAGUACAAUGAUAUAAAAGUGACUUGUAUUUGACAGC